GAAAUUUAUGAAAAUGCUAAUAACCUUUGGAAUUAUGGAACGUUGAUAUCUUAUUCUAAGUUCUAACUCUAAUUUUAUAAUUAGAAAGAGUAAUAAAUAGUUAUUUAAUAGCCUUAAAGAGUAAAGUUAUAAGUAGUGGGUAAAAAUGUGAGAAUCAAAGUCUGAGCUUGACGCGAAUCUUCGACUCCCUUCCCUUGGAUUAGAUUUGAAUGCACUUCACUAACGUAAACCCCAAUUAAGGUUUCACUCUGAAAAUCCCAUGUCAGCUUCAUGCGGGGUGGUGGAGUGCGUCCUCGUUCUGGGCUGCGCGCGCUGGCUCUGGAAGCGAUGCAGCUACGUCGGAAGCUACGACAGCGCCACGUGGCCCGCCGCCACCCCCGACGAGUUCGACUCCGUCCCCCGCCUCUGCCGCCUCAUCCUCGCCAUCUACGAGCCCGACCUCCGCAAGCCCAUCAACUACAGCCCAGCCCAAGGCCCAGAGCCCGAGUGGGUCAUCAAGCGCGUCAGCCACCAGGACACGCUGGGGCAGGCGCCGCCCUACCUGGUGUACGUGGACCACCGGCACAAGGAGAUCGUCCUGGGCGUCCGCGGGCUGAACCUGGCGAAGGAGAGCGACUACAAGGUGCUCCUGGACAACCGAUUGGGGCAGCAGAUGUUCGACGGCGGGUACGUCCAUCGCGGGCUGCUGAAAUCGGCAGUGUGGUUGCUGAAUAGGGAAUCGGAGACGCUUAAGCGGCUGUGGGUGGAGAAUGGGUGCCAGUAUGAUAUGGUGUUCGCUGGGCACUCUCUGGGUUCUGGCGUGGUCUCGCUUUUGACGAUAUUGGUUGUGAAUCGUAGAGAAAGCUUGGGGGGCAUUCCGAAGGAGAAGAUUCGAUGCUAUGCCAUUGCUCCUGCCAGGUGUAUGUCACUCAAUUUGGCUGUCAAGUACGCCAAUGUCAUUCAUUCUGUUGUUUUGCAGGACGAUUUCUUGCCUAGAACCCCUACACCCUUGGAAGAUAUUUUCAAAUCUAUUUUCUGCUUGCCCUGCUUAUUGUUCUUGGUUUGCCUGAGAGACACCUUCAUACCCGAGGGUAGAAAGCUUAGAGAUCCAAGGAGACUUUAUGCACCUGGACGAAUGUACCAUAUUGUCGAGAGAAAAUUUUGCAGAUGUGGGAGAUUUCCUCCUGAAGUGAGGACUGCUAUUCCUGUUGAUGGAAGAUUUGAGCAUAUUGUUUUGUCCUGCAAUGCAACAUCGGAUCAUGGAAUUAUUUGGAUUGAAAGGGAGGCUGAAAAAGCCUUACAAUUAAUGAAGGAAAAGAGCUCCGAAACAGUGACAGACCCUCCAACCGUACAAAAGUUUGAGAGGUUGAAGACCAUAGAGAAAGAACAUAAAGAUGCUUUGGAAAGAGCUGUUAGCUUGAAUGUACCUCAUGCAGUGGACAGUGCAGAGAAAGAAGCAUCGGAGGACAAUGAAGAUGAGGCAACCGGUAGUGAAAGCAAAAAUGUCUCAAGCACCCAAUCAAAUUCUAGUGGUGGAAAGUCAAAUUGGGAUGAGGUGGUUGAAAAACUCCUAAAGAAGAAAGAGACAGAAGAUCUAAACGUGGAAAGAGAUACGGAUGUCACACAAUGACAUCUUUCUCUAUGUUUUUAUUAGAUAUUCACACCCAUUCAUGUUUCUGGUUCUUUUGUUUAUUCUAGGUAUUCUUGAGUUUGUUGAUUCAUGAUGUAAAAAGAUAGUUACAAUUGCUUGGAACACCAGACUUAUAUACCAGAGGAAUUACAGUUGAUAAGACAAGAAGUGUUGUUGUGUUGGUCGUGAAAUUUUGUUGACCUUGUAGUAAAUACGGAUCAAUAAUAUUUUUUCACCAAUUAUGAAAUGGAAGCUAUUGAGUGUUGAAUGCAA